GUAAGAAUGAAGAGUCUUCCAAUGGUGCCAUUGCUGCUCCUCAGCUUUUCAUUUUCCACAUUUGCAGCUCCAGUGGUUCCAGACAGCAAAGACGAUGACAUGAAUUUUGUUAAGAAAUAUUUAAAUGACUUCUACAAAUCUCCUGAUAAUGGGACCAUUGCACCACCCCGUAACGACAGUGCAUCGCUCUAUAAUGACAAUGACCUGGUGACUGAAAAGCUCAAGCAAAUGCAGAGCUUUUUUGGCCUGAAAGUGACUGGAAAAGCUGACGCUGAAACUUUGGCAGUGAUGAGGAAGCCCAGGUGUGGUGUACCUGACUUGGGACGAUUUGUCCGCACUAAUGGGAAUCCCAAAUGGGAGAGAAACGAGAUCACAUACAGGAUUGUGAAUUACACCCCAGAUAUGCAUCCAUCUGAUGUGGACACAGCGAUCCAUAAAGCCUUCAAAGUUUGGAGCAAUGUGUCCCCCAUGACAUUCAAAAGACUCUACCACAAAGAAGCAGAUAUAGAGAUCUCUUUUUACUUACGAGACCAUGGUGAUAAUUCCCCAUUCGAUGGGCCUGAUGGCAUACUGGCACAUGCCUUUGGGCCAGGAAAGGGCAUUGGUGGAGACGCCCAUUUUGACGACGACGAAUUUUUCACAAAACAAGGCUCAAGAGGUCACAACCUGUUUUUGGUUGCUGCUCAUGAACUUGGACAUUCUCUGGGUCUAAGUCAUUCCACUGAUCCUGGGGCACUUAUGUACCCCAAUUACGCUUACACGGACCCUCACUUAUUUCGGCUUCCUCAAGAUGAUAUCAAUGGCAUUCAAGCCAUCUAUGGAAAAACAGAUGACCAAAUACAACCAACUGGACCCACAACACCACAAGCUUGCGACCCCAGGACCACUUUUGAUGCCAUUGCCACCUUUCGUGGAGAAAUGAUGUUCUUUAAGGACAGGCAUUUCUGGCGUAAACACUCCCAGGAGGAAGUAGAGCUCCUCUUCAUCUCCCUCUUUUGGCCAGAUCUGCCAUCUUCGAUUGAAGCUGGUUAUGAGAAUUAUGAAAAAGAUCAAGUUCUUCUUUUUAAAGGAAACAAAUAUUGGACUCUGAAUGAAAAUGGUAUCCUACCUGGCUACCCUAGGAUCAUUUACCAACUGGGAUUCCCCAAAAAUGUGAAGAAAAUUGAUGCGGCAUUUAACGAUCCAGAAUCUGGAAAGACAUAUUUCUUCGUAGGUGGAAAGUACUGGAGAUAUGAUGAAAUCAGGCAAUCCAUGGAAAAAGGCUACCCGAAGAGCAUAAACAAAGAUUUUCCAGGAGUGAGGCCCAGAAUUGAUGCUGCUUUAAAGCAUGAAGGGUAUAUCUAUUUCUUCCAAGGAACCAAGGUCAUCCAGUUUGACCCUAACAGCAACCAGGUUGUCGAUUCCACACAAAAGAGCAAUAGAUGGCUGAAUUGUUAAAACAUCGCUACCUAAAUAUUACUCAGUACUACUGUUAGCAGCAGCAUGUUUUAUUGAGAAUUCAGCAAUGAAACAUGGCCCCAAUGUGCUCUAACUGGGGAUGGGUGAACAAACAAUUGUUGAGUUCAAAGUCCUCCUUUUCCCACCUCAAUGCUUGUUAUUGAUUAAUUAAUUAAUUAAUUGAAUUUAUAUCCGGCCUUUUUUCCACCAAGGAACCCAAGGCGGUGUGCAUAAUCCUCCUCCUCUCUGUUGCUAGCAACACAACAACCCUAUAAAGCAGGUUGGGCUGAGAGUCUGUGACUGGCCCAAAGUCAUCCAAUGAGCUUCCAUGGCUGAGUGGAGACUAGAACUCAGAUCUCCCUACUCCCAGUCCAACACUCUAGCCACUAUGACACGCUGGCUGGCUGUACCCCCUGCAUAACCCACAAUGGCUGUGAAGUGAAGCUGUAAUGUUUAUAUGACAUUGGCGCCAAUUCAUGCCCACCAUGGGGUUUUCCGGCAAAACUGUGUGGCAUCCCCACCACCACCCUGGUUUACCGUGCCUUUUUCUUUUAAUACGAGGUCACCACCUUCUCUGCACCAUCUGUCAGUGGUGACAUCGCUGCACAUUGAAGCUAGGGGUGUUCCAGGGUGGAUCAAGCCCCACGGUAGGUCAAGGGGAUACUCAUCAGAACCAGACAGAGGGUGGACUCUAUGAACUGCCUGGAAAGCCCACACUCUCCUUCCCUAGCAAUUUUACUGUCCCUACACUGCAGCUAUGAUGCUGGGGGGAGGGGGUUAAGGGAACACAGGGCCAAGGCAGCACCAUGAAGACACCCCUUUGUUCUCAGUGCCAAACAUUUUUUUUCAAAGAAGCAAAAUACACACUUUUUCAAGUACGCACUCCCCCAUUCAUUAACAUAUGAAAACACAUCCUUUUUGAAGAAUGCACAUUUUAAAUUUGCAUUUUGCCAGCACAGUUGCAAGCUCAAGAAUGUGUAAUCUUUUCCUGAAAAGUGAAAUAGCAUUUUAUGCACGUUGAAAGCAGGGCAUUUUCGUCAGUUUUUCAAAGGUAAAUGAAAUUCUUAUACAUCCAUAGCUCUAACGGGUUUAUGUAAUCCAUUGUGCUCUGUUAACAGGUUUGAUUCUUUGUCUUCCAUAAAGUACUUACUAUGAGUGACAUAG